CGCAGUUGUAAUAAUCCCCAACCUAAAUAUGGCGGAGCAAACUGUGCUGGCAAUUCUCAAGAAAGCCAAACUUGUUCAAAGCCAUGUCCAGUUGACGGGGGAUGGUCUAUUUGGAAUUCUUGGUCGUCCUGUUCAAGGUCAUGUGGAAGAGGAUCACAGACCCAUAGUAGACAGUGUACGAACCCAGCCCCUGCCAAAGGAGGAAAAACUUGUGGAGGAUCUGGUCAAGAAACUAAGACCUGCCAAAUUACACAUUGUCCAGUGGAUGGUGGAUGGUCAGGCUGGGGUGGAUGGGGUAGAUGUUCUACUACAUGUGAUGCAGGGGCUCAAAUACGGACCAGACAUUGUAAUCAACCCAAACCAGCCUAUGGCGGGAAAACGUGCACAGGCAGCAACCACGAGUCUCAAAGUUGUUCCCAGAUUCCUUGUCCAGUGAACGGUGGAUGGACAAGCUGGGAGAGUUGGACAACCUGCAGUGUAACGUGUGGUGUAGGAAUAGAAUCUCGAGUCCGAUCUUGUACACAUCCAGCACCAUUACAUGGAGGAAAUCCAUGUACUGGAGACCUAAAAGAAUCACAGACUUGCAUCUUAGCACCUUGUGCCCGUUCGUGUAAGGACAGCAGUGCUCAGUGUGCAUCGUUGAAGGACGUUUUCUGUGCUCCUAAUAACACGGACGGCCAAAAUGUUUGUCCACAGACCUGCGGAAUUUGUCCGGUGGAUGGUUCUUGGGGAACUUGGACCAAUUGGGCUGUGUGCACUCUAACCUGCGGGGGAGGGGUCAAAACGAGGUCACGUCUGUGCAAUAAUCCAUCUCCGUCACAUGGCGGAAUUAAUUGUAGCGGAUCAGCACAGGAUGUAGAUGACUGCAACACGGAGCAAUGCCCAGUCGACGGAGCAUGGUCUGUUUGGGGAAACUGGACACCAUGCACUUUAUCCUGUGGAGGAGGAAUACAACACCGACUUCGGUCCUGUUCAAAUCCCUCGCCUGCUGGCGGCGGAAAAGAUUGUGUCGGCAACUUACACGAAACACAAUCGUGCUCACAGACACCCUGUCCAGUGGACGGAGGCUGGUCGUCUUGGACGGACUGGUCGUCCUGUAGUGUUACCUGUGGAUCAGGUCAAGAAACUCGAACACGCACCUGUAACAGACCGGCUCCUUUAUAUGGCGGCAGGUCAUGUGAUGGAAACGUCACAGAGAUGAGGUCCUGUAACCAAUCUGUGUGUUCCUAUGUUUGUAAAGACUCGUCCCCUGACUGCCAGACGUACAAAACUAUGUUCUGCUCUCAUCCUUCUGGUCUCCAGCUCUGUCCAGUCACGUGCGGGACAUGUAGAGUUGACGGUGAUUGGACUGAUUGGUCUUCAUGGAGCGCAUGCAGUGUAUCCUGUGGCUUCGGCACUAAAACUCGUUCCCGUCAGUGUUCCAAUCCUUUUCCCGCUUAUGGAGGGAAAGAUUGCAAUGGAACAUCUAGUAUAAUGGAUAUUUGUGUUCAACUACCAUGCCCUGUUGACGGAGUGUGGUCAGACUGGGCGAGUUGGUCGUCGUGUUCUCUGACUUGUGGAGCGGGAGUACAGACACGUGACCGACAAUGUGACAAUCCAGCGCCCUCUCACGACGGAAAAUUCUGUUCUGGGGAUCCUUAUAGUAUUCAAAGUUGUACCGAAAUGGAAUGUCCCGUUGACGGGGGAUGGACCGACUGGACGGGAUGGUCGCCCUGUAGUGUCACAUGUGGUACAGGAGUAAACAAUCGAACACGUGCCUGCACGCAACCUGUCCCCAUGUAUGGUGGUUUGAACUGUACUGGAGCAAAUACAGACACACAACCCUGCAAUAAGUCAGACUGCCCAAUUGACGGGGGCUGGAGCGUGUGGACGGGGUGGUCGCCCUGUAGUGUCACGUGUGGUACAGGAGUAAACAAUCGAACACGUGCCUGCACGCAACCUGUCCCCAUGUAUGGUGGUUUGAACUGUACUGGUGUAGAUACAGAUACACAACCCUGCAAUAAGUCAGACUGUCCAGUUAUUGAUGGUGGCUGGGGUUCCUGGGGACCGUGGUCUUCUUGUAGGACAUGCAGUGAUGUGAACUUUAGGAACAGGAAACGCAAAUGUGAUAAGCCCGUCCCAGCCAAGGGAGGGAAAGACUGCGAGGGGGAGUCAAUUGAGUUGGGGUAGUGCAAUGUCACAACGACCCCAACAGGAAUAAUGUGCCCCUACUGUGAUCAAAAUCUCAACUGUAGGCCCCGGAACUCUACCUGCGACGUCACAGAAACGUGUAUGAUUAGAAGCUAUCCCAGAUACAAUUUUAC